UAAAAAUUUAUUGAAAAUAGUAACACUUUAUUCUCAGUUUUAGUUAUUCAGAUUGCAUGUUAGUUCGAAUAGAUAUUACAGAAGUUUCAAGUGUUAUAAACACCUGUUGACACUAUAUACACGUAUUUAUAUAUAGUGUGUAAGUACCACGUGCAUUUCAAACAUUCGACGCAAGUACUCGGCAUUUAUUUAAGCCGUGUUUUAAUUAAACACUGACUAAAUAGAUUGGACAAACGAAAUGGUUGGGGAAAAAGUUUUAGUUAUUGGCGGUGGUGGACGAGAACAUGCCAUUUGUUGGAAACUAGCUCAAUCUCCUCAUGUUGAACAAAUCUACGUCUCUCCUGGAAACUGUGGUAUGCAAAAAAUAAACAAAGUGACUCUGAUAAACCUGAACGUUAAAAACAACAAAGAAGUGACUGAGUGGUGUAAAAACAAUUCAAUAAGUCUGGUAGCAGUUGGUCCGGAAGAAUACUUAGCAAAUGGUAUCGCAGAUGAAUUAAAAACCAGGGGAGUGAUGUGUUUCGGGCCCGAGAAAUCAGCAGCGCUCAUAGAAUCCGACAAAGAUUGGGCAAAGUCGUUUAUGGACCGACACAAAAUUCCCACCGCACAAUGGCGAUCUUUCACAUCCGCUGAAGAAGCCAAAUUAUUUGUCAAAAACGCGCCAUUCCGGGCAUUGGUGAUAAAAGCGACUGGUCUGGCGGCAGGUAAAGGGGUCGUGGUAGCAGCCUCUGAGGACGAAGCAUGUUUUGCAAUUGACGAGAUGCUUGUUGACAAGAAAUUCGGCGCAGCCGGAGAGACAAUCGUCGUUGAAGAGCUGCUCGAAGGAGAAGAAGUUUCCAUGUUAGCGUUCACCGACGGCAAAACCUUCAAAAUGAUGCCACCGACUCAAGACCACAAAAGAAUAUUCGACGGUGACCUGGGUCCCAACACCGGUGGAAUGGGCGCUUACGGCCCCUGUCAUCUGCUGACUCCAGAGGACCAAGAAAUCGUCAGGAAAGUUCUAGAAUCAGCGAUUCGCGGGUUCCAGGAUGAUAAACUUCCAUACGUGGGCGUUCUGUACGCCGGGCUGAUGUUGACCAAGUCUGGGCCCAAAGUUCUGGAGUUCAAUUGUCGGUUUGGUGAUCCAGAGACUCAAAUAAUCAUGCCCUUGUUGGAUUCUGAUCUCUUUUUGAUAAUGAAGUCAUGUUGUCAAGGUAAUUUAUCUUCUCUGAAUAUCAACUGGCACGCGGAUAAGUUUGCCGUUGGAGUGAUUCUGGCAUCUCGUGGCUACCCAGCUUCUUCCUCAAAGGGCCAGGUGAUAACCAACAUCAGUUCCAUAGAAUCAUGUCCAAACCACUUUGUCUUCCACAGCGGAACGGCUUUGUCCAACGGCGAAAUAGUAACCAACGGUGGAAGAGUCCUAAUAACAACUUGCAUAUCUUCUUCUCUGGAAUCCGCAGCAGCAAAAGCAACCAUUGCAGCCAGAGAAAUUUCUUUCGACGGCAAGCAGUUCCGAAAAGACAUCGCGCACAAAGGAAUCGCUUCGUCGAUCCUAAAGUCUGGGACUUUGUCCUACAAGAGCAGCGGAGUUGAUAUCGAAGCUGGCGAUUCCUUAGUAGGGCGAAUAAAGUCUCUAGUUUCGGGAACAAAGACUUCAGGAGUGUUGGGGUCCAUCGGAGGAUUCGGAGGACUUUUUGACACUCGCGCAGCGGGGUUUGUAGAUCCUAUUCUGGUGAGCGGAACCGAUGGAGUUGGGACUAAGCUGAAAAUCGCUAUUGAGGCGGGUAAGCAUCAAACAGUUGGGAUAGACUUGGUAGCGAUGUGCGUCAAUGACGUCCUAGCACAUGGAGCCCAGCCGCUUUUCUUCCUUGACUACUUCGCUUGUGGUCAUCUGGAUGUUAAUGUAGCCGCUGAAGUGGUCAGUGGCAUUGUUGAAGGCUGCAAGCGAGCUGGCUGUUCGCUGAUUGGCGGUGAAACUGCUGAAAUGCCGGAUAUGUAUUCUACAGGAGAUUAUGAUCUUGCAGGAUUCGCUGUUGGAGCUGUUGAGAGGGGAAAUUUACUCCCCAGAAGCGAAGAAAUAGGUGAAGGUGAUGUAGUUAUCGGGUUGCCUUCUUCGGGAGUUCACAGCAACGGAUUCAGUUUGGUGAGAAAGAUUCUUAAGUUAAAUGGAAUUUGCUUGAAUGAUACUGCGCCGUUUUCAACACAAACUUUUGCUGAGGAGCUGCUGGAACCAACAAGAAUUUACACGCGUAAUGUUGUUGAGGCUCUGAAGGCCAAGGUUGUUAAAGCGUUUGCUCAUAUUACGGGCGGAGGAUUGGUGGAAAAUGUCCCGAGAGUUUUGCCCCCUGGGCUGGCGGUUGUUCUUGAUGCUGAGAAAUGGAAGAUUCCUAAAAUUUUUGGCUGGUUGGCAACUGCUGGUGGAGUAAAUGAAGCAGAGAUGCUGAGGACUUUUAACUGCGGAAUUGGAGGAGUUAUUGUUUGUGCUAAACAGCAUCAGGAUAGAGUUUUAAAGCUGCUGGAAGCUGAAGAUGCGGUUGUUGUUGGGUCCGUGGUGAAGAAAAUCGACAAGCCGACUGUGGUGGUAAAUUUUUUACGCGCUAUUGAAAGCGAAAUGCGUCGGUAUGUGCCGAUGUUGAUGGAGAGACUGGUCUCACCGUGUAAGAAGGUGGGGGUUCUUAUUUCUGGCAGCGGAACUAACCUUCAAGCGCUUAUUGACGCUACUAGAGACCCUGCGGAGAGAAUGUGUGCAGAAAUAGUUCUUGUUCUGUCGAACAAGCCCGGAGUCGAGGGACUGGAACGGGCUAAACGGGCUGGCAUCCCCACGAGCGUUAUUAAGCACGCGGAUUACAAGACACGCGAAGAGUUUGAUGAAACUAUGGAUCAGGAGUUGAGCGCUAAGGGAGUGGAAAUAGUUUGUCUUGCGGGAUUUAUGAGGAUUUUGUCGGAGAAAUUUGUUAGAAAGUGGAAAGGCGCUUUGCUUAAUGUUCAUCCUUCAUUGCUACCAGCUUUCAAGGGAGCUAAUGCUCAUAAAGAUGUUUUAGAGAUGGGCGUCAGAGUUACUGGGUGCACUGUUCACUUUGUUGAGGUUGAAAUUGAUUCCGGAGCAAUAAUCGAACAGGAAGCAGUACCUGUUUUACCGGAUGACACGGUUCAAACUCUUCAAGAAAGGGUCAAAGUCGCUGAACAUAGAACUUAUCCCAAGGCAUUGCAAUACCUUGCAACAGGUCGUAUUGGGUUGGAUGCAAAUGGCAAAAUUUAUUGGAACUAUUAAUUUGAAUCUUCUUUUUCUUAAAAAUUAUCCAUAGCCUUGAAUUUAUAUUUUCUUA